AUGAUUUUCUCAAAAGUCCACCCAAGCAGCCAGCAAAUCAUCAAAGAGACAGUCGACGCCAAUCAAGAUAACUCGCCGUAUCAGCUCAUUCUAGUCCAAAGAAGCGCCUACAGCGCUGGAUACCAACACCAGCAACAAGCAUCUGCUGGCCAGAUCACCAAUGAUGGCGUCAAUAACCAAGCACCUUAG